UCUCCGCUUCUCCAGCAGCUGAGUCGAGCGGACACGCCGCGGAACAGCAUCUUCCGCCUCUUUCAAACAGGAUCCCAUUAAAACCGUGGAUGCAGAAACACAGGAGAUAUCCCUUUUGAUCCUGUCAGGCAUAUAGCAAAUUUUGAUGUGACGAACCUUUUUUUUUUUAAGCUUAAACAAUAUCGUGGAAUAACGAGCUGCGGGACCAGGGUCGUGCGUCAGGAUGCUCGGGUGCAGUCGGGAUUUCCAUUUGACAGCAGUGUUGGCAGUGGCACUUGUGGCCUGUGUGUUGUGCUUCAAUGUGGACCAGAAGAAUGGGUUGUCCUUCAACGGCCCAUUGGAGGACAUGUUUGGCUACACUGUCCAGCAGUUUCAGAACGACGAGGGAAAAUGGGUUCUGAUUGGAUCACCGCUGUCGGGCCAGCCGAAAACAAGGACAGGAGACGUCUACAAGUGUCCUGUGAGAAAGGGCGACAACACGUGCAUCAAACUGGAGCUGCCAAAAAACACAACUAUUCCCAACUUGCGUGAAGUCAAAGAGAACAUGACCAUGGGAACCACUCUGGUGACCAAUCCCAGUGGAGGCUUUCUGGCGUGCGGUCCUCAGUACGGCUACAUGUGUGGCGAGCAGCAGUACAUCGUCGGGGUCUGUGCCAACGUGAGCUCCUCCUUCCAGAUCUCCAACUCUUUCUCUCCGGCCGUGCGAGAGUGUUCAAAGAAUCUGGACAUUGUGAUCGUCUUGGAUGGAUCUAACAGCAUCUAUCCCUGGAGCAGCAUUGUUGAAUUUCUGAUUCGCUUCCUCGGGCCGAUAGAGAUUGGACCUAAACAGUCACAGGUGGGGAUAGUGUCUUAUGGUAAAACUGUGAGCCACCUCGUCAACCUGAGCCAGUUUGACAACACUGGUGAGCUGGUUAAGUUUGUGGAGAAACUUCCUCAACACACCGGCAUCAAGACCAACACUUUCCUUGCCGUGGAAACAGCCAGGAAGGAGGCCUUUAUGCUGGAGCGAGGUGCAAGACCUGGGAUGAAGAAAGUGAUGGUGAUUGUGACGGAUGGAGAGUCACAUGACUCCCACGAUCUACCCAGGGUCAUCGACAACUGUGAGAAGGACGGUAUCGAGAGGUUUGGCAUCGCUGUUUUGGGAGACUAUGGCCGUCAGAACAAAAGUGCAGCGGACGUUCAUAAGUUUAUCAGAGAAAUCGAAAACAUUUCCAGUCAGCCGUUGCAAGAUCACUUCUUCAACGUGUCCGAUGAGCUCGCUUUGGUGCACAUAGUGGAUACGCUGGGCAGCAAGAUUUUUGCCUUGGAAGCUACAACUGGUAAUUAUACUUCGUCCUUUGAGAUGGAGAUGUCCCAAACUGGCUUCAGUGCGCACACCACCACGGACGGCGUGUUACUGGGAGCAGUGGGAGCGUACAACUGGAACGGGACGGUGGUAAUGGAGAUUGGUGGAAAAUCAGUUGACCCGGGAAAAACUCAGUUUUAUGAUCCAAACACGGAGGCCGGGUACGAAGGCCUGGCCGGAUACCUUGGAUAUGACGUCCAAUCAGCAUCGACCCCCAAUGGAGUGCUUUACAUCACAGGGGCGCCGCGGUACAACCAUACAGGCCGCGUCGUCAUCUACCGCCUGAAUGAGGAGAAUGAGGAGAACGAGAUCGUCGUCUCACAGAUACUGAAAGGAGAACAGAUCGGUUCCUACUUUGGAAGUGUCCUGCAGACUAUCGACAUUAAUGAUGACUCCUAUACAGACCUACUUUUAGUGGGAGCGCCAAUGUACAUGGGCUCAGAAAGAGGCGAGCAGGGACAAGUAUACGUCUAUAAACUGAGUCAGGCGGGCCUGUUUGAGCACCAGUUCACCUUAAAGCCUAAGAACCAGUCCUGCUGCGCCCCGUACUCAGCCAGCUGCACCAACAAAAAUGAACCGUGUGGCGCCCGGUUCGGUACAGCCAUAGCAGCGGUGACGGAUCUCAACCUGGACGGGUUCAACGAUGUGGCGAUUGGUGCACCGUUUGAGAAUGACCACAGAGGCGCCGUCUACAUCUAUCACGGAGACAAGACUUCACUAAAGGAGGAGUUUGUCCAGCACAUCCCUGCAGGAGGUGAUGGGAAAAAGGUGAAAUUCUUUGGUCAGUCCAUACAUGGAAUCAUGGAUCUAAACGGAGAUGGGAUCACAGAUGUCACUAUAGGGGGCCUGGGCGGGGCUUCAUUGUUCUGGUCCAGAGAUGUUGCAGAGCUGCAUGCAAACAUGUCUUUCAACCCUGUUAAAAUCAACCUGCAGCAGUCCCAACACCAGUGUGAACAUGGGGGGCGCAAGUCUGCGUGUGUGGUGACCAAAGUGUGUUUCCGGUACCACAUCAAAUCUGACACGAAGGAUUUAAACGCUAUCGCAGAAAUUCGUUAUACCUUGACUCUGGAUGCUCUGCGUUCCAAAGCCAGGGCUGCGUUUAUUGAUGUGGGCACGGAUAAAAGUGAUCGUAAGAUUACCAAGACCUUCAAAAUCAAAGACAGACAGAGAAAAUGCUUGAAUGAGACCUUCAUGAUGUCGGCCCGGCUGGAUUUCCGAGAUCCUCUCUUGGUGUCUUUGGAUUUUGAAUUAGCUGACAAGGACCAAGGCCCCGUCCUGGAUGAAAGCAUUCCCAGAUCCAUCAAUAAGACGAUUCCUCUGGUGGACUGUGGAGGUGAUGAGAGGUGCAUCACUGACCUCGCCCUCCGAGCAGAGGCCAGUGUAAAAAGGAUGGUGAUCAAAGUUAACACCAAUGACAAAAUCGACGUGAACAUCAACAUCAAGAACAAACGAGACAACGCCUACAACACCAAAGUUACGCUGACCUUCACCCCAAACAUCAACUAUGUUAAAGUCGAGCCUGAGACGGCGUGCACUCUGAACGGCACGAGACUGGAGUGUGCCGUUGGAUAUCCCUUCCUGGGCAGCAAUGCAGAGGAAAAUUUCAAAGUGAAAUUUGAAACAAAUCCAAAGAAAAUUCUUGACAAAAUUCAGAUCAAUGUGACAGCGACAAGUGACAGUGAGGAGCUGUCCAUGAGUGACAACACUGUACAAAUAUCCAUUCCUGUGAAGUAUCAACCGGCAGUCAUAUUCACAGUGAGUCCUGUGAACGAGCACAUUGUAGUAAAAGACGGUGAGAAGUUUAACCCAGAACUCAACGACACCAAGAUGAUUGGAGAGAACCUCGACGUCAGCUACACGGUGGACAGGUCGGGAGAUGCAGUGACUCCACCACUGGAACUUACCGUGACAUAUCCUCGUCUGUCUCCUCUGGGGAACAUAUUGUUGCUUCCAAGACAACUUAUCGUCACCUCAGAGGUGGAAUGUAAACCUAAGGGGUUCAUCAAGUCCGACAUCACAGUUCCCAAAACUAAAAAAGAAACUCUGAGUGUCUUCCUGCUGCAAUGUGAACAAUCAACAUGUGAAACAUUUUCCUGCUCCAUCCCUGCGGGCAAGAGCAGUCAAGUCAACAUUACAUUCAAAAUGUGGAAACCUACGUUUAUAAAGGGAGAUUUUUCCAGUCUCUACAUGAUGGUGAAUGCUACGCUGUCCAUUGAAAACACACACCUGUUUGAGCUGGGCAGCAACGACAACACUAGAGAUGUGACGAUCCAAGUUUCCAAAGAGACAGUUAGUGGAAUCCCGAUUUGGAUCAUCAUCGUCAGCAUCCUCUUAGGACUGUUAAUCCUAGCUCUCGUCAUCUUUAUCCUCUGGAAGCUGGGCUUCUUCAAGAGAAAAUCCCCAGACUACUCAAAGGAAGAUGCGAUGGACUGAAGCGUCCAAUCGGACACCACUGGGUCACGCGGAGGAGCAGACGGAGGAGACGCCUUAAAACCCUCAGACACCUCAGUACUUUGACACAUUGUCUACCUUGAAAACACAUUUGCCAUCACUGACUCCUACUUUGUUACCAGUCAGAUAAUGCUUGCAAAUACAUCCAAAUUGUUUUUCCGAGCUGCUUUAAGCACCAGGUUACAACAUUGGAGCUACCCCAAAGGGCCCACACGCAGAGCCACUGACACUUCACUGUAUGCUUUAUUUAAAUUAUUUGUGUUAUUUCCUUCCACUUCUUUGUUUAUUACCAGUAAACUGUUAAAAUAGUAUUUAGCUUUCUUACGUUAAGCAAAUUUCCAACAGUUUUAGAGUGAGAUAGCUCUAUAUUUUGGAUUUUUUUUUUAAAAGUACUCAGGUUUUUCACAAUGAGGAUCUAAAGUUGCCUAAAUCCCCAUAAAAACGUAAUGAUGUUGAUAUCAUUGUAUCAUUAGCAUCCAAAGGUAUCAAAAGACUUUGGCUUUGAAGCAGUCUGUCUUAUGGCUUUGACGCUUGUGUUAAUGUUUGCUACAUAUUUUUUUACGAAACACUGUAUUUGAGCAUUUUAUAUCAUUUUGUUUUUUUUGUUGCUGAUUUUUAACAAUAUAACAUGGCACAUCUUUUAUUCCAAAGUCUUGGCGGAAGUGAAACUGAAUGCCUAAUGUUCCUUUAAGCAAAGAUGUGGUCUGUAUGCUUUCUUUUUUUUUUCUUCAGUCAGUUUUGAUAUUAAAUGAAUGCAAUUUUAAUGCCUUAAUUACUUAGAGAUACAGAAAGCUGCAGCUUCACUAUCCAAAGUUUUGAUUGUACUGUACAUAGAAAUGCUCACAGAUGUAAAGCUUUAAAAUGUACAUAAUGGUGUAUGCAUUUAAUUUAAUGUUUUGUUUUGUUUUGUUUGUGCUUUUAUUUUUGUGGUCAUAGACAGUUUUGCUCAGGUGCUACAAGAAUAAUGAAAAAUGAUAUUAACAUUUGACACGAGAAAAAAUGUUGACUUUGACAACAAAUUCAAGCUUAUGCACAUAUGUAAAUAGUGUUAUAUUCUGAUAUAGAAGAAAAAAUAAAAUUAAAGUGUAAUUAUUCUAUACUGAAUUAUAUGAGCAGAAGAGGCUAUCCACUAUUUUGACUGUUUGAUCAAAAAAAUAUAUUUCAGACCCAUUUUAACAUUAAAGGUAACGCUGUUUAAUAUGAGAAACAAUAUUUUUAUUUCAGCCUGUUAAAGGAAAAUUCUGGAGUUAAAACAACCAGAAGUCUAUUAUUAGCUGGUAAAGAGUAUAAACUUUCGAUGGAUCCGAGCAGUUUUGAGUGAGAACUGAAUAUUUUGUUUACAGCUUAAUGGCGGUUAAUGUUAGGACUUGAAUCACUGCACCUACAUCAAAAUAACGCUAUUUUAAGCCUUCGUCAACACUCAAAAAUGUUGUCCAACUAAAGUAAUGUUGUUGAUCGGGUCCCUACAGACAAAAGUAGGUUGUUAUAACCUUGUAAGUGUAUAGAAAGUGUAUAAAAAGGUCUGUUGGUACAAGUAUUGCCUUUGGAUUGCCACCACCUUGUUAUAAAACCAUAAAUAUCAUCCAAAAUUAGACCUACGGAUUAGUUAACUCCAGAAUAUGCUAAAGGGCUAUAUUCCUUUAAAAUGAAAAUACAUGUCUCCACAUUCACCAGUUUUGUUUUGUUUUUAAUUCCCCCACCUAAAGGGAUUCCCUGUGAGCUACAACAUGUGCAUAAAACAUGAGCGUACUGUAGCGUCACCAUCACCCCAUACAUGGUACAAAGUACCUCAUUCAUUCAGGUUCUCUGCCAUGUUUUUGUUUCCAACAGUAGCAGAGCUAAAUAGUAUGUUAGGAGAGCUGUGGAGAGGACUAUUUUCCUUCCCAAUCGCGAGAGAAAAGGUUUGAAUAUUUUAGUACUUCUCAGUUGUCACCCUUAAUUGUCGACAUGAAGCACGUGUGAUAAAUUGUACAUAUAGAAUGUGUAAGCGUGACUUGCUUUAGGACUGCGUUGCCACAUCGGAUUUGUGCACGAGAAGGAGGGAAAGGCGUAAAGUGACAGUUGAGUUCAAGGCGUGCCUUCUACACUGCUGUGAAGUCUUCAUUACAAUGCACUGGUUUGUCAGACUGUAUGUGUCCUCAACAGCACAGAAGUGAUAUAAAUCUUAUGUACAAAAAUAAAGACUUUUU